AUGCUUUCUUUAUUUAGGAGAGAUCCUUUCUUUGCCGGUAUUGAGUCGAUGUCUUGUUUGCUGGAACCCCUUCUGGAUCACCCAGCGAGUAAAAGAUUAUUUGCGAGCCCCGUUUGCAACGUAAGAGAAAGUGAUGAGGCUAUAGUAGUAGAAGCGAACCUUCCUGGGGCCCAAAAGGAGGACAUGUCUGUAAAUUUGAGUGAAGGCCUACUGACGGUUUCUGCUGAAAUUAAAAAUAUCAAGGAUAAGGAGGAAGAAGAUCCCAGCGGUGUGGUUUGGCACAGUAAAGAGCGCUACCAUGGUACGUAUAAGCGUUGCUUCUCUGUCCCCAAAGAGACUACGCCUGAGGACGUCAACGCCGACUUUUCGGAAGGGGUUCUCAGGGUUACUGUGAAAAAAAAUAAAGCUUCGAUGGAAGGGGCCAUUAAGAUUCCCAUUCAAUAA